AUGCUUCAUCGGACCUGCCAGAUUUCCGAAGCUCUGGAGCUAUGCGACAGACAACACAUCCCUAGCUCACUUCAAAACGCUCGCGAUGUCCUCCGAGCUGAGCUGCUUACCUGGAGCUUGGCAACAGACGACUGCCACCUAGCCAACUCGGGAGCAGGACCACUCGAAAUUGUCAGUCGGCAAGCCUGCGCAUUCCACAGCGCUGUUUUGAUCCUGUAUCACCGGUCUAUUGAACCGCACCCCCUGAUCAAUCCCCAGAAAGAAGUGUUGACCGCCUGGGAAAACCUCACUAUCGCGGAACAGAAGAAGCAGUACGAUAUACAGAACCAGAAAUACGGAGCUCCUAUGUCUUGGCCUGGUUUUAUCGCGGCCUGCGAGGCUGUUGACCGUCAGCCAUGGAUUGAGUGGUGGGAAGCCGUCCAACGGUAUAAUCUUGGAACUUUUCGACGACAGUGGGAUAUUAUUCAGGAAAUUUGGGAUAUGGUGGAUGUUGGGAUGUGCUGGAGGGAGGCAUUACAUCGGUCUGGGAAACUGAUCCUGCCGAUUUGA